AUGGCAAAGCUAAAGGUAACUAAAGUAAUUCGGAAAUUCCCUCCAUUAGAGUGGUGUGUAUGCAACACAGAUGGGGCAUCUAGGGGAAAUCCUAUAAAGAGUACCUAUGGAUUUUGUUUAAGGGCUACUGAAGGUGAUCUAAUACAUGCACAGACCGAAGACAUAGGGUAUGCUACUAAUACAGAAGCAGAGGUGUAUGCAAUUCAUGAAGCUUUGAAGUUUCGCAAAAGAAAUGGUUGGAAACCACCUUGGAAUAUUGCUAGUUGGGUGGAUGAGGUGCAAGACUUAAGCAAAGAUCUGGAUUUCAUUUUCACUCAUACUCUGAGGGAAGCUAAUAAGUUGGCAGAUGCAUUCGCCAAUCAUGCUCUGGAUAGAGGUUCCUUGGGAAUAAGGUACUGGAGAAACUACAGGAUAGCAACAACACAACCUCAGACAUAA